AAAUCGACGAUGCUCUCAUGGAGAUCAGGAAUCAGGUCACGGACGACAGUUACAUCGGUGAAACGCGAGUUUGUGAUUGGCGAGGGAUACGAAGUGCACGAAAUUCUAUUCGAAAAGGAAUUUUCCACUUUCUACGUCAAAGAUGUGAACGCGGAGCAGUUCGACAAAGCGACACUGAAAUACUUCCUUACCAUCAACGGCGAACGGCUCGCCUCGCUGGAUUACACCGAUUAUGGCAAAACGUACACCGCCGUUGCCAAAUUCAAAUCGAAGAAAGACGCCCAAGCGUCCUACGAUCGCUUUUGUAAGGCUGGUGAAUUUUCGGUGUCUCCCAGUUUCGGCAGCACUAAUGGCAUUCGGCAUGGACUGAACUGUCGAUUGAAAUUGACUUGGCCAACUGCUCGCUCGAAGGGUGUCGCGCACAUUUUCUUCAAUGAAGCAGACGACGCUAAUCGAUUCCUGGACAAUGUCCAGCACAUCUACCCGAACACUGUCGUUCACGUGGCCGGAGAAACGCAACGGAGCAAGCAACGAAAUUCCCAAUUGAAGUCACAGGGACCACGACCGCCACUGACCUACGUGAAGCGACAAGGAUGUGCGUUCCGGUUUGAUCUAGCUGCGAUUGCUGGUAUGCCGGACAGACGGAAGCUUAAUUACAAAGUGACACUCGUCGGUUUACAGCUGCGCGUCGACAAAGCAGAACUAACCAGCACUUUGGCUGCAUAUGAUCUGAAAGACGUCAUUGUCGAGUACGAGAACUUCACUGCGCCAGAUAGUGGAAACGGUUUAACACCCGACGAAAAGUCAAUCAAACUGAAACACCUCAACCGUUUCAUGGACACAGCCACCAAGACCAGUGACUUCUUUAAGCGAAAUACUGGCGUUGCCGGAAUUUGUGUGUUUUUCACUAGCAAUUCCACUGCGAAACAGGCGUACAAUUAUGCAAAGGCUAAAUACGACUCGAUGAUAACGGAUCCAUCGCUCGGGCCACAUCGUUUGGACAUCGAAUAUACUCACACGAUGUCCAUUCAGAUCGGACUGUACACCUUUUUGCAACCCCAAAUCGAAGCAUUGCAGAAGGAAGCACGCACGAAACGCUUCACUUGCAGCACGACGCCCGUUCAGGACAAUACCAAAACGGUCAUCCUGAAAUUCAACACCAGCAAGCACUCGUUGUUGGGCUGGAUUGAAGCUCAAUUCGACGAACUGGUACGACCGACGAAAUUCGAUUGCCCGCAUUCGGAUGUGCUGUUUACGGGGACGGGACGCUUGGAAAUGAUGAAAUUUGCGAAGAAUACUUAUGUCAACGUCAGCGACGACACUCAAAUCAUAUGGGUGUACGGCGAUGCGGAGGUGAAAGAUAAAAGUUGCAAGGAAAUCGAGAGGUUGGCUAACCGUCUCCAUGCGCUGGAUGUGUUGGAUAAGGAAAUUUGGCUGAAACGAACGGUUCGGAUAAACGGCAAAGAGGGCCGAAUCAUUACCAACAAAUGCAGAGAGGAGAAGAUUGACUUUCACCGCUUCCACGGCAAUCGAAUCUACAUUUCCGGAUCACAACGGUCCGUCGACGCAAUGUGCACAUUUUUCGCUCAGCAGAAAUACAGUUGGGAUCGCACGAAAGCGAACCGGUUUAAGUUGGACAAAAGCCGAGAGUGUGGUCUGUGCUUCGAAGCACCGGAAAGUGCGUUCAUUAUGCUGAGCGUUUGCAGCCACAUAUUCUGCAGCGAUUGUAUCGAACCAAUGGUGAAUAUGCAACCGCCACCGUUCCCCAUCAAGUGUCCGGUAUGUGAUCAGUUCGUUGCCCUGCAUGAUAUCAAGAAAUUGGCGCCGACAAAGUCAUUGGAGAAAGUGUUGGAAUUGGCCGUGAAGUCGUUUCAACAGAGUCACAGCCAUGAUAUUCGCCAAUGUCCGCAGCCGGGAUGCCAUCAACUUUUGAACUACGAAUCGAGAACUGCGGGCACCCACGGUGGCGAUUUUCUAUUUUGCGACAACUGCAUAAACACCUACUGCAUAGCCUGUUCGGAGAAGAUGGAAAAACCGGUCCGAAGUCACGACGACGAUUCAUGCGAAAACAUCCAGAACGGAGUGUCCAAUUUGGUUCACAAGCAUGUUCGCGCUAUACAGGAAACUGUGCUCAAUCUCAGCUGUCCGAAAUGCAAUACGGCGUUCUACGAGUUUGAUGGAUGUGUUGCAGUUACAUGCAGCACUUGCAAGGCAGGAUUUUGUGGCUUAUGUUUGGCCAAUUGUGGAAGCGACGCACACAGUCAUGUUCGAUCUUGCCCGAAAAAUCCCGGCACAGAUUAUUACGUCUCGCAACGGGACCUCCAAGCAGUUCAUUUGGAUAUGAGGAACCGAAAGCUGCGCGACUAUUUGUCGCAACACCGACUCAACUCCACUGUUCACAGACAAAUUAUCGAAAAGAUCCGACCAGAUCUUAUCGACCUGAAGAUGACCGUGCCGGAGGCUACUGCCGAUGCACACGAUGGACCUGUCGCUGAAACAUCGGAUGCUGUCAUGCGACAUGUACGGAAAAUCCAAGAAGAAAUCUUGACGCUCAGUUGUCCCCAUUGCAAGGUGGCAUUUUUCGACUUCGACGGUUGUGCCGCUGUGUCGUGUUACUCGUGUCGACGGGAAUUUUGCGGCCUAUGUCUUGAACACACCGACGGCAUAAUCUCAGAGCAUGUUGUGCGAUGCCAACGGAAUCCUGCGACAGGAAACUAUUUUCUUCGUUCCGCAGAACUAAGUAGAAUCCAUGCGGCUGUCAGAACGGAUAGAAUUCAGUCGUACUUCAAUGAUAAACUGGGUGAUACUGCGACCAAAGAACAAGUUCUGGCGCUCAUUCGUGUCGACUUGGUGGAUCUUCAAGUUAAAUUACCCGAAAUAAACGUUCGCCAGCAGCGAGUACGUCCUGCUGUACCAUUCCACAUUCAACAGCUAAUGGAGGAGAUACGAUUAGAGCGCUUAAUGCAAGAUGAGCCCGUUAGACGGGCGGUACCAUUAAGGCAACCAGUUCCGCCAGCUCAGCCCAACAGGAGACCAGCUCCUCAGCCACCGAGACGCGAUUGUUGUAUACUUUAACGAGACCACUGUGCCAUAGAAAAUAAAAAAAAAGUUUUUUUUGUUUCUCCUCUGA